GUAGCCGACUCAGACAGCAAAAUAAAGACUUGCUGUUUCGCUUUCUCUCUCUCUCUCUGCAUGGACUAUCUUAGCCCGCAAUAGACCAAUUUCACCUGGGCAGAGUGAACGUGAACCACGAGUUCAAAAAUGCCACGGAGGAAACAGCAAGCGCCGAAACGGGCUGCGGUAUACGAGCCUGAUGACAUUAACCUUCGAGAGUCCCCUGGAGAUGAGGAAGCGGAGAAUGACACUCAAACUGAAGACGAGUGUUCAGAAAAGACAAGUCCCAAGACCUCAGAGGACAAAGACGUAGACAACAAAAGCGCUAACAGCUACAGCUACCAGAACUCCCCCAUUAGUGUCCUUUCCAAUCAAGAGGUUGAGGUGGAGUCACGCCUUAGUGACACCAGCGAUAGACUCUCAGACUUCAAGAACACCUCACCACACGAAAGUCAGAAAGAUGAAGAGAGCAGUAGCUCUAAACAAAAAAAUGAGAUGAACAGCAGCCUGGAGAAAAUGAGGGCUGCCUAUGCAAACUUUCUUUCCGAUUCCUAUUGGACAGGGAUUGGAAUGAACUUGAAAUAUGGUAAAAGCCCCAGUAAAGCCAACUGUGACAGCACCAAUGGAAGCACCAAGAAUGAAUUUGACUGGCAUCAGGAUGCACUAUCAAAAACCCUUCAGCAAACCCUCUCCCCGAAGCCUAUGUCCAAACCCAACCUCUUCAGCUCUGUCCAUCUCUACAGGCAAAGCAGCAAAACCUGUGGGACAGUGUUCACAGGAGCAAGCCGAUUCCGCUGUAAGGACUGCAGUGCCGCCUACGAUACUCUGGUGGAGCUCACAGUACACAUGAACAAGAGUGGACAUUAUCAGGACAACAACCACGGCAAACAAAGUAAUUCCUCUGCCUCCUCCUCCAAGUCAAGAAAGCGGAAUUUGCAAGACAUGGAAGGGAAAGAGGAUGCACAGAAAGUUCUUAAGUGCAUGUUUUGUGGCCAUUCUUUCGACUCACUUCAGGACUUGAGUGUACACAUGAUCAAAACUAAACAUUACCAAAAAGUGCCUUUGAAAGAGCCUAUACCAGUCAUCACACCCAAAUUAUUACCACCAUCAAAGAAACGGGCCUAUGAAGUCACUAGGCCUUGCUCUCCUGAUUCCACCACAGGCAUCGCUGGUUACAGCGAGGCACAAAGGGCCGCAGCCAUUUCGAAUGCAAACAAUAACCGCUAUGGUUAUCAGAACGGGGCUAGCUACACUUGGCAGUUUGAGACAUGCAAGUCGCAAAUUUUAAAAUGCAUGGAAUGUGGAAGUUCACAUGACACCCUUCAACAGCUCACAACUCACAUGAUGGUGACUGGACAUUUCAUCAAAGUUACGAAUUCAGCAUCUAAGAAGGGGAAACAGUUAGCUCUUGAUCCUUUAGCUAUAGAGAAGAUGCAAGUUUUAGCUGAGCCUACUCCUAAUGAGCCAGGAAGUGAUAAAGUGUCCCCAAAAAACAACUCCUCUGGGAAUAGCGAUAAAAAUAGACAAGAGGAAGGCACAUCAGACAAAAUGGAAGAAACAGACAUUAAAGUAGAAAAGAUAACGAAUGAAGAUCAAAAAGAAGGCAACGGAGACUUUAAAUAUCCCUACCUCCGAGAGGAGGAUCUUGAGCAGGGUUCAGGUGGAGGAGGGGACAUACUCAAGUCUUUAGCCAACACAGUGGCAUCUGCAAUCAACAAGGCCCAAACAGGGACACCAAGCUGGAGUGCCUACCCCAGUAUCCACGCUGCCUACCAACUCUCUGGGAUCAUGAAGAACACUCCCAUUUCAGUGUCUCCCCCUAUUCAGCUAAAACAGACCCUGAACCCCAAGCUGAGGCAGAUUGCCCCGAAAGGGAAGUUGUAUCAAAGUGCUUCAGGAGUUGAGACUCCUCAGGGACAGCAUCAAAAUGCGGACAUCAAAAAAGAAAAGGUUGGCAUUAGUGAUGGUAAAGAAAGUCAGAAUAUUAAGUUUGAUCUGUUGGAGAAUGAUGACAGCGAUUGUCAGGAUGAUUCCUCUUCCUCUUCAAAGCUUGAGGCAGACGGUGUGAAUGAAGGGAGUGAUGAGAUCAAAGGAAAGUUGAGCCCAGACUUCUCAGACAGAAGCAAGACACCAAGCCCUCCUGCCAGCCAUGGACGCAGCUCUACUUCAGAGGUUCUCAAUGACACUCCUGAAAUACUUGGCAUAAACCCUCUAAGUGCUCUGCAGUCAGUUCUUAACAAUCACUUGGGUAAAGCAAAUAAGCCCACCAAUUCAAGAUCAGAUAACAAGUUAGCAGCUCGCACCCAGUCUAUAUUCUCUGAACUCAACAGGAGCAUUGAGAAACCAGCAUUAAUGCUCGGCAGCCCUAUCAGAAACAGGGCCAACAAUGCCUUCCUUUUUGCCAGCGAUGACCAGCCAAUAGAUUUGACUAAAUCUAAACACAACAAACCAAGUCCCUCUAUCCUUCAACCAACCACCCCAAUCCCACAAAAAUAUGCUCUCUCUGACAUUGCUGACAUGGUCAAAGUUCUUCCCAAAGCCACAACACCAAAACCCUCAAUGCCAUCAAGAAUACCCUCCAUGAAACUGGAAUCAGACGUCAGGCGCUUUGAGGACGUGUCAGCGGAGGUGUACUCUGUUCACAAGCGCAAGGGGAGACAAUCCAACUGGAACCCCCGUCACCUCCUCAUUUUGCAGGCCCAGUUUGCCUCCAGCCUCUUUAUGACUUCUGAGGGCAAAUAUCUACUCUCAGACCUUGGCCCUCAGGAACGCAUGCACAUCUCUAAAUUCACUGGACUUUCCAUGACCACCAUAAGCCAUUGGUUGGCAAAUGUGAAAUACCAACUAAGGAAAACAGGGGGAACCAAAUUCCUGAAGAAUAUGGACACUGGCCAUCCAGUGUUCUACUGCAAUGACUGUGCCUCCCAGUUUAGGACACCACCGGCAUUUAUUGCCCACCUGGAAUCCCACUUAGGGUUCCAAAUCAAAGACAUGUGCAAACUUCCUAUAGACCGUCAGACCAAGAUAGAAGAGCCAGAACUGUCAAAGGCUCUGAGUGUCAGGGCCACAGAGCCACUUGUCACUGAGGAGGACAUUGACUCCAAGUUCAAAUGUAAGCUAUGUUGUAGGACAUUUGCCAGUAACCAUGCAGUCAAACUACACUUAAGUAAAACUCACAGCAAGUCACCUGAGAACCACUCACAAUAUGUGGAAAUGGACAAAGAGUAAACAUCAUACAUUUUUCCUAAUAAUUUGUUGUUCUUUUUAUUUUAAAACACGGGUCAGAUAUUUCAUUUUGUUUUUUUAGUAAGGUUGUGUAGUGUUCAUACAGACACUGAAAACAUUUCAUUGAAAACAAAACACUGGUUGGACUAAACCCUAAGUUUUAAGAUACACUAAAUGAUGACCUUUGCACCCUACUCAAAUGCAUCACCAGUAAUUAAAUGUAUUACUGCUUGAAACAUAAUUGCUGAUGUUUGCAUGCAAUAGCUAUGGCUAUGACUACUAUUUAUUUGUAUGAUAUGUCGAGUUUCAAUUGUAUUUCAAAGACAAGUAAUGGAUUAAUUGUAAUUUACAACUUCAGUAAGACACCUACAGUACAUACAUUUGCAGCUGUGAAAAAAAGGUAGCUGGACACACAUUAACACAUUUAUCAAACUGUACAGUGUAUUGCUAUGUAAAAAUGUUUUGUGUUGCAAUGAUAGAACAGAAAGGCACUUUAAUAAAUGUUUAAUCACAUGUUUAGACUCAGAUUCUGUACAUGACUCAACAAAUUUAGACCAUUUGGAAACAAGUAUGUCUCACCUGUAAAUAUAUUUUAGGGAAAACAAAAUAAGUGUUUCAUGCUUAAAAGAUAACAGUGAGACAAAUUAUACCUGCACCUUUUUCUACCAAUUCAAAUAAAGAGUUAACAUUU